AUGGGCCUCAGAGGAAGCUGUAUGUGCAAGGCGGUCAAGUAUGAGAGUGACAACGCCCAAGUCACUGCACUGUGUCAUUGCACAGAUUGCCAAAAGUGGAGUGGCUCUGCCUUCACCUCCAACGCCGUGGUUCCCCGCGCUUCUUUCAAGGUGACUCAGGGCGAGCCCAAGUUCUACGACAUCACCGGAGCCUCGGGCAAGAACAACAGACACUUCUUCUGCAGCAACUGCGGCUCCAGUUUGUAUACCGAGUUGGACUUCAUGCCGGACGUCACCUGCAUCAAGGCAGGCGGGUUGGACGACGGGAAGGCAAGCUUGGACGGCAAGCCAGCUGUUGAGUUUUACUGCAGGGAUCGUGUUUCGUACUUGACGGAUGUCAAGAGCGCCGAGCAGAAGCCUACGUUUCCAUGA